AUGCACUCACAGGGACGUUACAGAAAGCAGAACAAAAGGACAAGGGACACAACGGGUUUUAACACCCCGCUUCUCAGACCUCGUGUGAUUGGAGAAUGGGUUGGCCGUGAAGAGAAUGAUGCAGACCCGCUGGCUGCUGAGAUGCUGCAGCCACCAAUACCAAGAAAUAAAAAUGAGCAGUGGGACAGUGAGGAUAGCAGCAGUCCUGGAGGAAGCUUAAAAAUGGAGCCAAAGACCAAAGGACUAAAACAACAACAGCAGCAACAUAAGAAACUGCUGGCUGCCAUGCUUUCUCAGGACUCCUUUGAUUCUGCUCACAGCACAGCUCCAUCUGUCACUGAAGAAGAUAUUGACAAUGAAGAUGAUGCGAUGGAACUGCUCG